AUGGUUGCGGAGCCCGAGGGUGGAGCGCUCGGAAACAGGAAACUGUCGGCCUCCCUCUGUGUCACCAUUACUGGAACUGGCUUCGUUAAAGCGUUGAACUGGGGACGGCUGUUCCCUGCAACCGGAGAUCCGUACCCGACGAGUUGCCGAAGCAGCAAUAGGAAGAGUUUAGUGGUGGGGACCCCCUCUCCGACCCUCUCACGGCCUCUCUCCCCGCUCUCCGUGCCGACAGCUGGGAGCAGCCCCUUGGACAGCCCACGCAACUUCUCCGCCAGCACCUCCAUCAACUUCCCCUUCGCUCGCAGGGCUGAUGGCAGAAGGUGGUCACUGGCUUCGCUACCCUCCUCUGGCUAUGGGACCAACACCCCCAGCUCCACUGUCUCGUCGUCUUCAUCCUCCCAGGAGCGCCUACACCAGCUGCCGUACCAGCCCACCCCCGACGAGCUCCAUUUCCUUUCUAAGCAUUUCCGCAGUACGGAGAGCGUCACGGACGAGGAGGGUCGGCACUCGCCCUGCCUGCGCCCACGAUCCCGGAGCCUCAGCCCUGGACGGACGAGUGGAACGUUUGAUAAUGAGGUUGUGAUGAUGAACCAUGUCUACAAGGAGCGGUUCCCCAAGGUAACUGCUGAGCGUCUGCAGGACACCAUCACCAACUUCUCUCCAAGCAGCACUCUGCCGCUGGCAGAUGGGGUGCUGGGCUUCAUCCACCACCAGAUCAUCGAGCUGGCCCGUGACUGCCUGGCGAAGUCCCAGGGAGCUCUCAUCACCUCCCGCUACUUCAUGGAGCUGCAAGAGAAACUCGAGAAGAUGCUCCGAGAUGCUCAGGAGCGUUCAGAAAGUGAAGAGGUGAAGUUCAUCGACCAGCUGGUGAGGAAGCUGCUGAUCAUUAUCUCCCGCCCUGCUCGCCUUCUGGAGUGCCUGGAGUUUGACCCGGAGGAGUUUUACCAUCUCCUGGAAGCUGCGGAAGGACACGCCAAAGUUGGCCAGGGAAUAAAAACCGAUAUUCCCCGAUACAUCAUCAGCCAACUGGGGCUUGUCAAGGACCCACUGGAGGAAAUGGGCCAGCUGGAUCACUUCGACAGCGGGAACACCAUCACGCCAGAGAACGAUGAUGCUUGUGAGAGCCAGCCUUCAGUCACUGCUCCUCGGAGGAAGCCCUGUGAGGGGGACUUUGAGACUAUCAAGCUGAUCAGCAAUGGGGCUUAUGGGGCCGUGUACCUGGUGAGGCACAGAGAGACGCGGCAGCGCUUCGCCUUGAAGAAGAUCAACAAGCAGAACCUCAUCCUGAGGAACCAGAUCCAGCAGGUGUUCGUGGAAAGGGACAUCCUGACCUUCGCGGAGAACCCCUUCGUGGUCAGCAUGUUCUGCUCCUUCGAGACGAAGCGACACCUCUGCAUGGUGAUGGAGUACGUGGAAGGGGGGGAUUGUGCCACGCUGCUGAAGAACAUGGGCCCCCUGCCUGUCGACAUGGCGAAGAUGUACUUUGCUGAGACUGUUCUCGCGCUGGAGUAUCUCCACAACUACGGCAUCGUCCACCGGGACCUCAAACCCGACAAUUUGCUCAUCACCUCCAUGGGCCACAUUAAGCUGACAGACUUUGGUCUGUCAAAGAUUGGCUUGAUGAACAUGACCACGAACCUCUAUGAAGGGCAUAUGGAGAAGGACACUCGGGAGUUCAUGGACAAGCAGGUGUGCGGCACUCCCGAGUACAUCGCCCCAGAGGUCAUCCUCAUACAGGGCUACGGGAAGCCAGUUGACUGGUGGGCCAUGGGCAUCAUCCUCUACGAGUUCCUGGUGGGCUGCGUCCCCUUCUUCGGAGACACCCCUGAGGAGCUCUUCGGGCAGGUCAUCAGCGAUGAAAUCAUGUGGCCAGAAGGGGACGAGGCUCUUCCCGCAGAUGCCCAGGACCUGAUCAUGCGGUUACUGAGACAAUGUCCCCUCGAACGCUUGGGCACCGGGGGUGCGCACGAGGUGAAGCACCAUUCCUUCUUCCUCCGCCUCGACUGGAACGGGCUGCUGCGGCAGAAAGCCGAAUUCAUCCCUCAGCUGGAGUCAGAGGACGACACCAGCUACUUCGACACUCGCUCCGAGCGGUACCGGCACUUGGAUUCGGAAGAUGAAGAAACCAACGACGAGGAAUCCUCUGUGGAGAUCGGGCAGUUCUCCUCCUGCUCCCAUCGCUUCAGCAAGGUGUACAGCAGCUCCGAAUUCCUGGCGGUUAACUCCAACCUCAGCCUCUCAUCCUCCGACCAGAGUCACGGCGAGGACAAGGAGNUCGCCUAUUUUCGGUCCUCCUGACCCUUCCUGCUCCCCUCAUGCAGGCUCCGCUCCUGGACAUCCUGCAGCUCCACACCGUACACCUCCCGGCACGAGCGAAGCCGCAGCCCCGCCGUGCUGCCCAGCACCUACAGCCUGGACACCAUGCCCAAGUUUGCCUUCUCCUCGGAGGACGAAAGCCCUUGCGUGGCAUCCUCCAAGCCAGAGAGACCCAAAUUUGUGCUGGGAGAAACUGACUUCACCCUGCGAGCCAUCCGCGUCUACAUGGGCGACAGCGACGUCUACACCGUCCACCACAUGGUCUGGAGCGUGGAAGAGGGGAGCCCUGCGCAGGAAGCCGGGCUGAGAGCAGGCGACCUCAUCACACACGUGAACGGCGAAUCCGUCCUGGGUUUAAUUCACCGGGACGUCGUGGAGCUCAUCCCUCAGAGCGGGAAUAAAGUAGCCCUGCGGACGACAGCACUGGAGAACACCUCCAUUAAAAUCGGCCCCGCUCGGAAAAACAGCUCCAAGACAAGGAUGGCCCGGAGGAGUAAGAAGAGCAGGAAAAGGGACGGCCAGGACAG